AUGCCCAGAAUAGCAAAGCACAUCAAAGCACCGUUUGGCGAGAUCGGCGGCUGGCUCCCGCGGGAGGAGACUUCGUUGCAAAUUAACUUAAGGUCGCUAUGUAUGCAGACUAUCGCGUCAUGUAACGAGGUCCGAGACCCCACGGAGCCCCACACUACAUACGGUCUCGUGUCAAGAGCGGAGAGCGGCGGGAUAAGUCGUCGAGCGAGGCGAGGUACAGGCGGGAGCAGAGGCGGGGGCGCGGUGGGUGAUAGAGAGGUCGGCGCGCGCCGCUCGAUAAAUCGAUGUGGG